UUUGUUUCAUUCUAGGGUUAGCAAGAAAAAUAUUUCAACAUUAUAUGGCCUUCCUUGUUUCCCGUAUUCACCAUUUCGUAAAUGAAGCACUUGGCAAUGCAUGCGAACUUUCCGUGUCAACACCGUUAUUCGUAAACAACCUACUCUAACAAAAUCCAAACCUCACAAUGAAUUAGAAAUGAAGGAAAAAAAAAUAGAAAACCCUAAACCAGUUUCGAUUCCAUGGCUGAUGUUCCAACGGAAUUGUUCAUCGAUAUCCUCUCCCGCUUACCGGUACAAUCCCUUCUCCGAUUCCGAUCAAUUUCUAAAUCACUUCGAUCCUUCAUAGAUUCCCACACCUUCACCAAACAUUACCUCAAAAACUCCUUCAGUAUCAAGAUCAUCCUCCGCCACAACUAUGAUCUCUACCAACUUGAUUUCUCUAAUCUAACAACCCACGUUAAAUUCUCCGUUCCUUUAAACAUCAAUUUAUUUAACCCUAAUAUUGAUCUUCUCGGUGGUUCAUGUAACGGCCUCCUUUGCAUCUCUAACGGUGUCAGUGAAAUCGCUUUCUGGAACCCUAACAUCCGUAAACAUCGAGUUAUCCCUUAUCUCCCCAUUCCUCGUAAUGAAUCUGACUUCCGCUUGUCCAAAUGCGUACACGGUUUUGGUUUUGAUCAGUCUGCCUGCAAUUACAAACUCGUGAGAGUCUCCUUUUUCGAAGGGAUACGACACAUCAUGUUCAAAACACAGGUGAGACUCUUCAGCUCCAAAACAAACUCGUGGAAAGCACUUCCUAAUAUCCCGUACGCUCUUUACAGCACUCAACCUGUGGGGGUUUUCGUUGAGAAUUCUCUCCACUGGGUUGUGACUCGGAAUAGAUCUCAACCUUGUUUAAUCGUCGCAUUUAACCUAACACAAGAAGUUUUCAACGAAGUUCCUCUUCCAGAAAUACAAAUGGCAGAUAACGUUAAGGGAUUUCAAAUUGAUGUUUCACUUUUGGGAGAGUGUCUUUGUAUGACUGUGAAUCACGUGAGUGUGAGACAUCACACUACUAAGGUUGAGGUUUGGGUGAUGAAAAAAUAUGGAUUUAGAGAUAGUUGGUGUAAAUUGUUUACUUUUGAGGAUUCGUGCUUCAAUAAACCUUUGAGAUCUUUGAAGCCUUUGUGUUAUUCUAGUGAUAGAAGUAAAGUUCUGUUGGAAGUAAAAGGUAAUCUCUAUAGAGAUUGUAAGAAGCUGUUUUGGUAUGAUCUCAAAAGUGAAGAAGUUACUUGUGUUCAAGGAAUUCCUAAUUUCAAUGAAACUAUGAUUUAUGUUGGAACCCUUCUACCACCUUCCUUGCCUAUUGAUAACUACAAUUAUAUAAAAGCAUGA